UGAAGGUGCGCGCCUGUGAUGCGCUCAUGUGCCGGACUGUUCCUGCGUUGCGCUCGUCCUUCUUCCCGCCGGCAGUUUCCCUCUCAGCGCCGUAAACUUCCCCCAGGAAAGCAUCGGCCAUGUCGUCCCUCUCCGCUGCCUUCGUCCUGACGCUGCUGCAGCUCCUCGUCCGGACGUACGCUAGCAACGGAGCGUACUACGGCCGCGGCCAACACCCGCAGCCCUACCAGCCCAUGCAGCACCUGCAGCACAUCCCUCUGGGUAAAGGAGGCUUCAAUCAGCAGCAGCAGUACCUGGGCAAAGACUCGCCCUACAUGCAGUACCCGCACUACCGGAAGGAGCACCCGCAGGUGCCCAUGCUCAAGGGCAAGGACAAGGUUCACCAUGGGGGCAACUACAACGGUGGCCAAGACAAAGGGCAGACGAUCCCUAGCGGCGCCGAGGGGAUUCCCCAAGGAGAACCGGGCCCAGCCGGGCCCCCCGGACCAGCGGGACCUCCAGGACCCCCUGGAAAUCCAGGGAGCGGACAGCCGGGUCCUGCGGGCCGACCUGGACCUCCAGGUUCACCAGGACUACCUGGAAUAGGAAAGCCGGGUGUUCCGGGCUCGCUCGGCAAGCCCGGAGGAACCGGCUCGGCCGGUCCUCAAGGACAAAUGGGCCCCAGAGGGGAAGACGGGCCCGCCGGACAGCCGGGCCCGCGUGGUCCACCGGGUCCUCCCGGGCUUUCAGGAAUAGGUAGACCAGGUGUACAGGGAUUACAAGGCCAACAAGGACCCAAGGGAGAGCCGGGCAUGAAGGGUCCGCCGGGGCCACCGGGAUUAUUGGGACCCAAAGGGGACAAAGGGAUCGGGCUGCCCGGACAGCCCGGACACAAGGGACACCCGGGUCUCCCCGGACCAGCCGGCCCACGAGGGCUGCCCGGUUUUGUGAAACCGGGGUUGAACGGAGCACCAGGUCCACAGGGUCCACCGGGAGAUAAGGGAUAUCCUGGAGAACCGGGACUACCCGGGCCCGCUGGGGAAGGAGGAGCACGAGGCCCGCCGGGUCUGCCCGGGCAAGGAAAACAAGGUCUAAACGGUCCGCCGGGACAGCCGGGUAUCCCAGGGGGGAAAGGUCAUCCUGGAGGACCGGGUCUGCCGGGAAAACCCGGACUACCCGGAUUUGGUAAACAAGGACUCACGGGACCAAAGGGUGACAAAGGUUUGGGUGGGCAGCCCGGACUACCCGGACCCAAAGGAGAUAAGGGUCACGGUGGACUCCCCGGAAUACUCGGACCGCCGGGACCAAACGGCCCGCCGGGUCCUCCGGGCCACAUGGGGCCACCCGGAGGUGCAGGUGGACCCGGUCCCAAAGGGGACUGUGGAGACGGAGGACCGAAGGGACUCGACGGGGCGAAGGGGGACCCGGGUCCUCCGGGACUACCCGGUAAGAACGGUCUGCCGGGCGACCUGGGAGAGCCAGGGCCGAGAGGGCUACCGGGACCAAGUGGCCCUAAAGGAGGAGAUGGGCACAAAGGUCUGCCGGGAAUGCCGGGUCCUCCAGGAAAUCCUGGUCCUAAAGGUCAAGGGGGAUUCCCGGGGGAGACGGGACCUCAAGGCCCUAAAGGAAUACCGGGACUGGACGGAGCCGGAGGGUCGAUCGGGCCUCCCGGUCCUCCAGGGCCCAAAGGAGAUGGCGGUGUUCCCGGUCCACCGGGCGCGGCAGCGAGCGGGAGUCCAGGUCAACCCGGACCCACAGGGAACCCUGGGAAAGAGGGGCCGUCCGGCCCCCCCGGCACCGCGGGUCAGCCCGGCCCCCCCGGUCCACCUGGACCCCCCGGAGUACCCGGAUACUCCCCUGAUCUGUCGGGCGUUCUCUCCGAGAUGGGCCCGGAACUAGACGGCGUCAAGGCGGGAAAAUACGCCAAAAAGGGCAAGUACGGAAACGGAAACGGGGCCGAGGCGAUGGGCGUCAGCGGCCUGGAGAUGCCGGCGUUCACGGCCGUGACGACGACGCCCUUCCCGGAGGCGGGAAAGCCCGUUGUCUUCGACAAGCUGCUGUACAACGGCCGGCAGAACUACGACUCCCAGACGGGCGUCUUCACCUGCGACGUCCCCGGCAUCUACUACUUCUCCUACCACGUCAACUGCAAAGGGGGGAACGUUUGGGUGGCCCUGAUGAGGAACGACGAGCCGGUCAUGUACACGUACGACGAGUACAAGAAAGGUUUCCUGGACCAGGCGUCGGGGAGCGCGGUUUUACCGCUGCAACCCGGGGACACGGUCCACAUCAAGCUGCCCUCCGAUCAGGCCUCGGGACUCUACGCCGGCCAGUACGUCCACUCCUCCUUCUCCGGGUAUUUGCUCUAUCCGAUGUAAAAAAGCAGAACCUUUUCCAGGAGGAAGAGGAAGUUACACUGCAAAAACUCAAAAUCUUAACACGAAUAUUUUUUCUUAUUUCUAGU